AUGUCGAACAAUCUUCAUGGCAUAAUCAUAGUCACGGACGACCCAAUCUUGCAAUGUAACCAUAUCCGCGAACGAGACAGGCCGAGACCAAAUAGCAAAAUGGUUUAUAUGGAGAUGCCAAAACCAACAGCAGUGCCCAAGGGGCCAAACAUCACGAUACGUCGAUCGCGUACUCCAGGCGACGGAAUACAGACGAAAUGGAUAGUAAGUUCCAGCUGCGCAGCAGAGACUUCUGCAAAGAAGGUGCUCUAUGUGCGAGCGGGGAUGGACGAGCACGUAGGAAUUUGCGUGCGUAUUGCAGCUCAAACAUUUUCUUGGAAAAACGCCGAGCGGCGUGGCGCAGUUCGAUCUCUGGGAAUACGAUGCUUGCAUGUCGGAUUUAAGGAAGAGGCGAUCCUGCAGACUUUCCAACCUCCAUAUAGAAGCCGCCCACUCGAUCUCGGUCUUGCCUCAUCCGACGUCCCACUCGCAGCGAGUGCCGCAAUUGAAGCAGUAAACUCGGUCCCGGAAUCUUGA